CUCCGCCGCGGCUCUGCUGCCCCUUGGUGGUCAUCCGGCGGAAAGGCAGCUGUGGAAGUAGGUCGCGCGCUGCUCCUCCGUCGGUACACUUCUGCAGAAACGAUGAAGAAACGGCAUUUAAACCCAACGCCCCCGGUUGUUCCCUACAGAGCGGCGUUAGGAUACAACCCGCCGCCCCCCAUGAGAGUUCCGCCGCGGUUCAUCGAGGCCAUGCGGCGCAUCACCGGGACGGAGCCGGCAGUUAACCCGGCAGAACCGAAGCGGAGCGAGCCCACGAGAACUGCAGCGCCACCUUCAGUCAACAAAUGGAAGUCCUCGUUCAAAGUCCUGGGUGAUCAGGAGGACAGUCCUCAGAUGCAAACCGCUAACAGUCCAGAGAGGACGGAGCUUUACGAUCCCAGCAGUCCUCUGUCGUCAGACUCCGAGCCCGAGGGGCCGCGGGCCCCGCCUCCCACCCACUCCCCGCCCAAUCUGGAGGUCAUCCUGCCCCGUCAGCAUCACGACAGCGGAAGGUGGGACCGCGAGAGCCGACUCCCGGACAGACUGGACUUGGUCCCUGGAAGCAGCCCUGCCGGGAGCAGAGGGCUCAGUCCAGGUUUUCGGCCGGCCCAAAGACCAGCAUACAGCGCCGAGGCGGAGCCGCUCGGAUGCACGGGUUUUGGGUUCAACUCCCUGGACAAACAUAACCACCUUCCUCCUGACAGAACCCCCUUACAGCAGCUAGGGGCCUCUGCGGAGGAGGAGGGGAGGAUUGUGCCUGAAUGCAGGAGAGAGGCAGCAGCUCCACCCACAACAUCUCCACCCAGAUUCAAGAGAGACUACCUCAGACCUCUGGAAGCAGACGUUCUCUUGACAGUAGAAGUGGAUCAGGACUUACCUCGGACUAAAGUGACCAAAACGGAGGAAACCGCUGCGGCACAGAGCAGGUGUCCCAUCACCUGUGACCUCUGUGAUGUGGGAGUGGCCAAUGCGCAGGAGCUGCAGGCUCAUUUAGACUGCAAGAGCCACUGGGACACUAUGCAGUACAUCCAGGAGCACAACAGCUACGACGAUGUGACUGCGGCUUUUCUUCAGGAGGUGAUGCUCUCCAAGAGUCUUCAGUGCAGCCGAGCCAUCGAGGACAGCGCGCUGACCGCUCUGCAGGAGAACGACCACAUGACCAAGGUGGAAAUGUUUCACUGCGCCGCCUGCAAACUGUUGGUCCCCACGUCUGGAGCCGACGUGAAAGCUCACAUCACGUCUGUGGAUCACCUGCGCAACACCAAGGAGUUCGAGGAGCAGCAAAGACGUGCAUGCCUCAGCAAAGCAGAGACCCUCAUGAAGGAGUUAAAACCACAGUUUGAACACUUCCUGAAUGUUCUGAAACUCAAUGGACAGACUUGAGAGAAUGGAAAGACAGGUCAGGAGUUUGGGACAUCGUGGUGUGAAAACCACACCGGAUGAUGUGAAACGUUGACUUGAAUUGAUCUGCCAAGCAAAGCCACGCCCUCUCCCAUUUCUGUUGAUGUAGUUUGAAAUAAAAUAACAGCCCUGGACUGUGUUGCUGCUGUCUGUGAGGGUUUAACAUGCAUCUCUGCACCAAGCCCCCGCCUCACCACAGAGCCAGAGACCUAGACCCAGCAGCCCCCUGGCUGAGGAACAGAGAGCGCGCAGAGCCGGAGCCCCACCCCACCCCACCCCAAUGCGCUCCGGGCCCAUACCCAAUGCCCCAACCGCUUGAGACCUACGCCUUCACACAGACGGGAGGCUCUAUGAAAAAUAUUUUCAUGAAAUCAAACAUUCUUCAACAAGAUAGUGUUAUCCAACCAAACUCUUCACUCACCCAGAAACAUCUGUAGGGUUUGUUCUUUUGUACAGGUUACACACACUGAUUCACCCAAACCCAGCAUCUGAUCAGCCUUCAGAAACCCUGCAGGUCUGGUCUCCAGCGUUUGUGCAGAAACACAAGACUCCAGGAUCCACUCACAACUGGCAGUCUGUUCUUUCUCCGCUUCCCUCUGGUGUGGAGGAUCCUUAAACAAAAGAAGCCGUCUGCUCAGCGACUGACACCAUUUAGCUAAAUUCAAGUUCUGCCUGGAAGUCAGAAGCAGACCAGUGAUCCCAGAGGCAUGGAACGUUUUCUGGCUGAACUCGGCCUCUCUGGCUGGUAGAAGGUGUGACGGACAAAUACUGACUGACCUUUUGCUUCUGCAACAAUGUGAGGAUUCUGUUCUGCUCACUGACAGGUUUUCAGGCCAGCCAGCCUCGCUGACCGUUCCCAGCUGGUACCGACUUUGAGCUGAGAGCUGGGGGCUACUUUUUCUGUCCAGGAUCUACAUUUAUUGUUUCUGCCAGUGGCUUCAACAGUCCUGUGUUGUGUUGGUCACACAGUCACAUGGACAUGUGUGCAGCAUCACUUGAAAGCCCUGGAAGUUGUACUCCAGCAUAACUAUGUAUGACCACCAUAAGCUUUUGUUAGUUCACAACCCUAAAAUAAUGUUGGUGCUUUUUGUGUUUGUCCCACAAACAUGUUAAAGACCCAUUCUGACAGAAA